AUGAAGUCUAGUUUUGUAUCCUUAUUGCAAAGAGGUUCAAUAGGCUCUAAGCAAUUCAUUUUCUUUGCGAAGAACGAGAUGUCUCCAUUGAAAGCCGGUGUUCCCGGUGCGAAGUUCUUGAAGUACACCGUUGGAUUUACGCUGGGUACUCUUGCUGGGUUCUAUUUGACCAAUUCGAGGUCUGCGAUUCACGAAUAUGUCAGCUGUCCUACAGUGAGGUUACUUACCCCGGACGCAGAAGCGGGACAUAAACUUGGUAUUUGGCUAUUGAAGUAUGGUCUAGCGCCACGGUUGUGGUUCGACAAAGACGAGGAAUUGUUGCAUGUUAAUGUUUUCGGGAAAACGCUAACAAACCCUGUUGGUUGUGCUGCUGGUUUGGAUAAAGACGGUGAGGCUAUCGACGGUAUUUUCGCCGGUGGGUUCGGGUAUGUGGAAAUCGGAUCUGUGACUCCAUUGCCACAACCCGGUAAUCCUAAGCCCAGGUUCUUCAGAUUGCCAAUGGAUGAAGCUGUCAUCAACAGGUAUGGGUUCAAUUCUUCUGGUCAUGACUCUGUGGUAAAGAAUCUGCAAAAUCGUGUGAGCAGUUUCAUUAACAGUUACUUUUGCAACGAUAUUAACGCCGUAGAGAACCUAUCUCUAUACAAGAACAAGCUACUAGGGAUCAAUUUGGGGAAGAAUAAGAACGGUGACGAAGUACAGGACUACUUGAAAGGUGUUGAAAAAUUCCAGAAAUAUGCAGAUGUGCUAGUGAUUAACGUUUCCUCUCCAAACACACCUGGACUCAGAGGCUUGCAGAAGGAAUCGAUUUUAACUAAUCUUUUGAGUCAGGUGGUCGCCAAGAGAGACUCUUUAGUCUCUUCCGGGAACGUUUUGGGUGCCAAGACGCACAGACCUCCUGUUCUUGUCAAGGUGGCUCCAGAUUUGGAAGAAGAGGAGAUUAAAGCCAUUGCCGAAGCUGCAAAGAAAUCCAAGGUCGAUGGUAUCAUUGUUUCCAACACCACCAUCCAAAGACCUGCGUCCCUAAUCACAGAAGACAAGAAUCUCGUCGCUCAAGCUGGUGGGCUAAGUGGUAAACCAUUGAAACCGCUCUCUUUGAAAGCACUAAAGGCUAUGGCCCAUUACACCAAGGGUUCCGGUUUGGUGCUAGUGGGUUGUGGUGGUAUUUCUUCAGGUGCAGACGCAAUUGAGUUUGCGAAGGCAGGUGCCACCAUGGUCGAGCUCUACACCUCUUAUGCCUACAGAGGUCCUGGUUUGAUUGCUCGUGUAAAGGACGAAAUCACUGAGCAAUUGAAGAGGGAAAACAAGACGUGGUCCCAGAUCAUUGGAGAAGACGUCAAAUAA